CUUCAGACCCGCUCCAGGCAACAUGUAUCGUGCCACGGUGCCGUUGAGCGCGCUCUUGGUCGUGUGCGGGCUAGCCACGGUGCACUGCUGGGGCGGGCUGUUCAACCGCUUCAGCUCCGACAUGUUGGCUAACCUCGGCUACGGACGCGGCCCGUACCGCCACUACGCUUACGGACAGGACGCUCCAGAAGAAGCCUACGCCGAGGCCUUGGAAGGGAACCGUAUUGACGACGUUCUGGAUGAACCGGCUCAUUGCUACAGCGCCCCCUGUUCCACUAACGGGGAGUGCUGCCGUGGCCUCAUGUGUUUGGAGACAGAGGACGGCGGGCGUUGCCUGCCAGCAUUUGCCGGCCGCAAGCUCGGAGAAAUCUGCAACCGUGAGAACCAGUGCGAGGCGGGCUUAGUGUGCGAGGAGGUCGUCCCAGGUGAAAUGCACGUCUGCCGUCCACCAACAUCAGGCCGCAAGCAAUACAAUGAGGACUGCAACGCGUCUAGCGAGUGUGACAUCACGAGGGGGCUAUGCUGCGUCAUGCAACGCCGACACCGACAAAAGGCGCGCAAGAGCUGCGGCUACUUCAAGGAACCCCUCGUCUGCAUCGGACCAGUAGCCACCGACCAGAUUCGCGAGUUUGUUCAGCACACAGCCGGCGAGAAACGCAUCGGCGUCUACAGACUCCACUAAACUACCAGUCCGGUGGAGUACGCAGCCAAUCCAAUUGAUACAACUCUUACAAACGUCCAAAUUGAACUUGUGACUUUACAAACUCAGUAAAACGUCCAAAAUAACCAAUCUUGCCGUAAAAGCCCACCAUUUUGGAGUAUUUGUCUGUAGUCUGCGGCAUCCAUCUUGGAUUUCGCCAGAUAUUUUAGCUAUACGUGAGAGGGCUCCCGAGGCACCAAAGUUGAAACUACUUAUAGUUUCUACGUUGACAUUUCGAUAGCGCGAUUCAGGAUUUGUUACGAACGUAACAGCGGCAUCUAGCGGUCGAUAUUGGAACUAAAAUUUGAAAGAAGCUAUUUUUAUUAAAAUUUGAAGUAAAAAACGAGGAGUUGGAUUUUCAAUUGGAUUGGAUAUCUUUUGUUUGAGGUUAAGAAUGUUGAAAACAGAAAAUAUUACAAAUAUGAAAAAACAGACUUUGUAAGAAAAAAAUCGUAAAAAGAAACGCGGGAUCCAAUAAGGAAAAAAUCUUGUUUUCAUUAAUAUUUUUAUAGGCCGGGAUUUUAAUCUGCGUACUCCACGAUAUGAAAGUUGUGAAUUUUAUGUUAAAUUUGAAGUGAAAUUUUAAGAGUUGUCUGUAAUUUUGACCCGAUUUUCGAGCGACUCUUAACAAUUUUUCGUAAUUUUGGAAAUAACGAACAUCAACAUAAAUUUUUGAAAAUGGAAACAACUUAAAAAGUUUUUCGAUUCGAUUUAGCCCUUUUAUGGAAAAAGAGGGUUAUGUUAUGAGCGUUAUUAACUUUUGAUCGAUAAAAAAAUGAUAUAAAUGCUUUCGAAUAUGGCCGCCGAUUUAGCAACUUUUUUUUUAUUUUCGAAGCUUAGAGAAAAAAAAUAAAAAGAGGUAGUGAGUGAGACAAAAUACUUUUUAGUUCAUACAUGUGUAGAAUUAGAUUACAUUAUUAAAUGUUUAAUAUUCUAUUCUUAUGAAUGUCAUAAUUGCGUCAUUAGAUUUACGUGUUUAAGAUUACUGUUAAACUUUAAAAUUAGAUUUAAAAUUAAAUUAAGUCUUCAACGAUUGAAACAUAUACAUAUCUAACUGGCUGAGGCAUUUAUAUCUAAUAGUAAUAAUAUUGGUGUUAUUAUAUAAAAUACAUAUCAUAUAUCUAAAAUAAGAUGCUCUUUAGAGUAAAUGUAAAAUAAUUUUUUUUCGCUUGUUUUUACUUAUACCUAACUUAAAUCAUACUAUGCUAGGUGCCUAGGUAUAUACAUAUCAAUAUUUGUUUUUAAUAUAUAAUAAAAUUAGAUAAUAAUCACAUUUUAAAACAUAUCACGUUUUUUCAGUCCGUUAGUAGCCUAAGAUUACUAUAAAUGGUGUCUAUUUUCUGAUAUUGUUAAAAUUUUAAAUAAACAAAUAUUUUUCUGCCAAACUUCUAGUUGCUGUUGAAGAUAUUAAAUAUCUUUUUUUCGACCAUUUUAUUUUUAUGAAAAAUAAAACUGGUUUGGAUGGCCUAGUCAUUACGUGACACACUUAUCGCGCAUCGCACCCAUCGCAUUUUGCACCCAUUGGGUCACGUAUCCAUCGGGUCUCGCACCCAUUGGGUUACUCACCCAUCGGUUGUCGCACCCAUCGCGCAUAGCACCCAUGCGUGCUUGUUGCAUAAGUAACGUUAAGAUACUCUGUUGAACUGUAUUUAUGAUAACUUGUGUAUUAAAUAUAUGAAUUAUGUGUUAAUUAUAUAAAUUAUGUCAG